AUGAGGCGGGAUACCGAUAAGUUGGAUGGCUGUGGCACGGUUGCGUCAAUUCGCGAGCAGCCGGAAGUUCGAGUGCGCAUCCCAGGUCCUGUCGAGUCGGGUAAAAAGUUGGAGGUGCAACUGAACGUCAGCCUGGACUUAGAGAAGGAGUUGAAAAAGAAAGUUAUGAAGAAGGAGACGAAUGGAGAAAUCACGAAUUGCCAAACGGAUUCUGCUUGCCAGUUGAUGUCGAUCAGUGUGAGCCGUGAGCGGAAGAAACAGAAAGAGGAGACGUUGACAGCUAUUAACUGGCUCGGCGCAGCGCAGGCAAACUGGAACACUCGCUGGAUUCUCCUACUGUGCCUCCCAUGGACGGCGUUUCUGUUCGCUGGGACGGACCCAGCUGUCUCCUCACAAAAGACCAGCGCGAAGAUGGGUCUAUACAAAGAGCGCAAGGCCUCGCGGCGUUCACCGGGCAAAGCUGCUGCUGCUGCUGGUGGGUCGAAGCCGAAGAAGCCGCCGCGACAACAAAGGAAGGGGCGGCCACUAAAAAUGAAAGCAAGGAAAGCAGCUCAACGCCGACUUCCUCAGUCAAGGCCGGCACCGGGCCCGC